CAGUCGUCGCACGCAACCACACCCACCCCCAUUGUUGCCAAGUGAUACUGCACUGUCGUCGACUCUUUUGCAUCACUCAAGUCACUGCAGCAGCCAUCACCGCCGCCGCAUCUCGACGCCGACUGCUGCCCGCUUACGCCGCGCCGCCGCACCAUCACACCGCCUGUCUCUCUUUACCGGCCCCCAUCCCGCUCCACCCACUUAAAUGGCCCCGCGUCGUCAGUGCCGCCGCCGUCGCCUCCUCCUCCGCCGCCGCUUGUGAAAACCCCCCGCCCCGAGACCGUGACAAAGGACAAGAGUUGUACUAUAGCGAGGUGCUACCUGCUCGCAUCAUUGUCCAUCGCGACGACCAAAGCCAAACAUACAAGCCAGAUCACACCCGCCGUCCAGAUCUCACAGCACAGAGACCGAGGCAGCAGCGUCGUCUCCGUUGUCCAUCUCGCCCCUCUCAAACACUUUUAGUCACUACAUCUCGACUGGAUUCUACGUCCAGCGCGGCAGUUUCAGUCCGCCGCCAGUUCCUGCCCCGCCAGUGGACGUCCCUCGUGGUCGCGCAGAGCAAAACCGCGAGGAGCACGAACUCUCCACGAGCCCCAUCGACAUGUCGCGACCGGCAACCGCGAGGCAUCAAAGCUCGCCUCCCGGCUCCCCGUCGGGCCGAGCAAACCAUCAUCUCGCGGUGGGAGCGGCAAACCAGCCGUUCGCCUCGCCGACGUCGCCGAGAUCGACCUUUUUAGGCAGCUUUAUGCGCACGAGAAGCCGUGCUGCCAGUGUCACCAACGCCGUCGCAGGUGCCGUCAGAGGGCGGGUCGGCUCUCCUACCACGGAACAACCCAACCCCCUGGGCAACAAUGAUGUCACCCGCAGUGUGAGCACACCAGCAGCAGAGCCCGCAGCGCCCGUCAACAUCCCGCCCGUCGACCCGGCCCUGCGCCGAACCCAUCGCGUGCGUCUCGUUCCAGUCCUCGAGAGCAACAGGUCGUUCUCGUUCGCCCCCGUCGUUCGCGAGCUGGGUGUUAUGCACGUCCCCCCUGGCAUCCUGCCCUCUAUCGCGGCCGCAAGCGUGACCGAUGUGGGACCAACUGUCAACGGCCGGCCCCCACCUCUGAUCAUCAAGAUUGGGCGAUUCACCGACCGUGGCGCGGGCUCUUCUGCCCCUGUUUCCGCUCCUGCUCCUGCUCCUGCUCCUUCUCCUUCUCCUGCUUCUGCUGCAGCGGCAGCAGACACGACGACCCCAGGCGGCCCUGCGACGACGGCUAGCGCAGGAGCCAACGGUGCAGGAGCUGCCCCUGGCGCCACCGCCAGUACCGCCGCCCCGGCGGCACCCACGCCCGCCGCGUCGGCCGGCGGCGGCGGUGGCGACUUGCUAUCCUCACGCGCUGCCUUCAAGAGCAAGGUCGUCAGCCGAGCUCACGCAGAGAUUUGGUGCGAGCCUGGAGGAAAGUUCUAUAUUCGUGACACUGCCAGUUCUUCAGGCACGUUCCUCAACCACAUUCGCUUGUCGAGCCCAAACGUGCAGUCACGCCCCCAGCUCCUCAAGGACGGCGAUGUGGUGCAGCUCGGCGUCGACUACCAGGGUGGCGCCGAGGAGAUGUACCGCUGCGUCAAGAUGCGUGUGGAGAUUGGGCGUGAAUGGCAGCGUGGAGCCAACGAGUUUAACACCAACGCCUUGAAGCAGCUCAAGGCGCUUGGCGGUGGUGAGGACAAGGCCGACAAGGCCGACAAGUCGGCGACGGCCGGCUCGUCCACCAAGAAGAAGGCAAGCGUGACCGACUGUUGUAUUUGUUUGUUCUCGGUCACCGUGUGCCAGUCGCUCUUCAUUGCACCAUGCUCUCACGUCUUCCACUACAAGUGCAUUCGCCCGCUCCUCAACCAGCACUACCCCGGGUUCUCGUGUCCCCUUUGCCGCACGUUUGCCAACCUCGAGGAAGACGUCGAGACCGAGGACGCGUGGGAGAUUGCCUCCAGACGAGCGUCCGUCAUCUCCCGCCGCAACUCGAACCACUCGAUUAGGCUACCACCUGCGCCAGACGGUGCCGCGCCUCAUCCUCCUACGAGUGAGGGCGAGCCGAGCACCGGCGUGGGCUUUGGCGAGGGUUCUGCCAGCAUCGACGAGUUACUUGCUGGGUCCAGCGGACGGCCAAGCCAGGACGGGGCGACGCCCGCCGCCGAGGACGGCGACACACGUCCGGUGCUGCUGCGCCAGACCACAGCCGUGGGCGACACGACCAUCACGACCAUCCCCAACGGCGUCGCGACACCCGACAUCAUCACCGAGCACAGCUCCGAGCUGCACUCGACGUCGGCCGCCUUACCCAUUGCCGGGUCGGCGACGAGCUCGUUGCGCAACGCGACCACGCCCAACAUCCAAUCCCUCACCCAGACUCCGAUGAACGACUACUUCCUUUCCAGCUUAGCCAACAACCAUUCCGGCCUGGCCACGCCUUCGCGCGACGACGCGAGCUCUGGUCCCGGCAGCCGACGCAGCCACGAAGUGCUCGAAGAGGAGCCCGCUGCCGAGGCCGCCGCCGAAGCCGCCGACGCCAACUCGUCCGACUCGGACGGCAUGCAAAUGGACCCAUAAUAACGACGUAAUUUCAUUAUUUUCCCCCGAUAGCAUACAUCUUUUCUUAUUCUUGGCAUGUAGUGC